UGCGAUUUGGGGUCUGGUACGAUAGCAUCUGAGUUGCCUUUCCAGCCGGCCGUUUUGAUUGUUGCCCUGUUACUGAACUUCCAACUUCACCUCGUGCCCUUUGAAUCAUGAUGGGUUCUGCUGAACAUGCUGCCAUCCAGUUUCUGAAAUGGCAGCCUCUCUACGAGAAAGAAAAGCCAUUCCAGCUUUUUCUUGACCUUCCCCCAGACGUUGCUGAUCAACGAAGGACAAACCUUGCGUUUGAAACAAGAAUGGUUGAAGUCAAGAAUAUCAGGGGUCAUGAAAAGUGCUUCGAUCUCGACGAGAACGGGUUCAUCUAUCGAACCAUGGAUGGGUUCGAGGACUUGAAGGACAAGACGGAGGUUACGGGGCAAUAUCUCCCAGCAAUAGAGCAGCUGCUGAGGAAGGAAGUGGAGCACGCAGACAGAAUUUUCAUCUUCGACUGGCGGAUGCGCGAAAGCAACGCUGAAGCGCAAGAUGGCCUCCUGGAUGUCGGGAAUAGCAUGCUUCCUUUGCGACCAGCAAACUUCGCCCAUUCAGAUCAAGGGCCAUGUUCCGUUAUCAGACGUGUUCAGGCUCAAUUCCCCCAAGAAGCUGAGGCUUUGCUCAGGGGGCGAAUCCGUGUGUUGAACGUUUGGAAACCCCUUCGCAACAAGGUCAUGGAUUGGCCUCUUGCAAUGUGCGACGGCUCGAGCCUUCAAGCGUCUGAUCUCAUCGAAACCGAUACAGUUCGUACCUCAUAUGUGAGCACGAAUCUCUACUCGCUGCACUCGCCGGACACUCAGAAUUGGAUGUAUCUGAAGGAGCAAGAACCAAACGAGGUCGUAAUAUUCAAGCAGUUUGACUCGGAUCCAGCGGUUCGGUCCUCUCUCUCGCUUCACGCUUCGUUCAGACAUGAAGAGCUGCCAGAAAUCUUUGCGCCACGGAACAGUAUUGAGGUUAGGGCUAUUGUAUUUACGAAUGCGGUGGGAGAAAAUGUAAAGAUUCAAUAGAUUAAUGCGUGUGGCGCUGGAAUGUAUGCC